AAAUUAGAGGAAGAUGAUAUGGAUUCUAGUGAAUUUGAACAUGAAUCUUCAAUGCUUUCAUCUAUAAGACAUCCAAAUGUUGUUAACCUUUAUGGAGUGGUCUUAUCAGAUCAAUCAAAAUUCAUGAAACAUAUCAAUCUGAGAGAAAAAGUUUCAAUUCUUAUUGGAAUUGCAAAUGGAAUGAGUUAUUUACAUGGUGGAAAGGAUAAUUGUAUGAUUAUUCACAGAGAUUUGAAACCAGGAAAUAUUCUACUAUCCAAUGAUUUAACACCUAAAAUUGCUGACUUUGGUUUAUCAACACUUUCCAAUCAAAGCUCAAACACAACCAAAACACAGCAUAUUGGAACAUUGCUCUACAUGUGUCCAGAGAUUCUAUUAGGAAAAAAUUACAAUGAAAAAUCAGAUGUCUAUAGUUUUUCUAUUAUAAUGUGGCAAUUGUUA